UCUAAAUAAACUUGGAAUUGAUUGUCAGCUAGAAGAUACAUACAUACAUAGAUAGCCUGCAAUAUAUAUAUAUAUACAUUCCUAGCGAGCUAAGCUAGCUGUAAUAUAUAUGAUCAAUUAUUUCCUCCUCCACUACGCCGGCGGCGCCCUCCCCCUAUUAUUAUUAAUAUGGUGCGCUGCGGCCUUGAUGGCGGUGGUGAUCAUCAUCAUCAUCAUCUACUCCGCCCACGGGCUUGGGCGCUACCCCGCCGUAUUGUUGCUAAACUAUUCAUGUUACAAACCGCCGGAACAAAGGAAGUGCUCUUACCAAGUGGCGGAGGCUUUCGUCCGCCGCAGCGACCACCGUUUCUCCGACGACACCCUCAACUUCAUGCGCAACAUUUAUGCCAAGUCCGGCUUGGGGGACGAAACCUACGCCCCCCAAUUCAUUUUUGACGAGUCUUCUUGUAGUACUCGGGGGCCGUCGCUCAAAUGCGCCCUUCAAGAAGCCCAAGAGGGUAUCUUCUCUUCCGUGGAUGCCCUCUUCGCCAAAACCCACCUAAUCCAUCCUCCUUCCUCCAUUGAUGUCCUCAUCGUCACAUGCGGGAGCUUCUCCCCCACUCCUUCCCUUUCCUCGCUCAUCAUCAACCGUUAUAAGCUUCGACCCGACGUCAAAGCCUAUAACCUCAGUGGGAUGGGGUGCAGUUCCGGCGUCCUUUCCAUCGACCUCGCUGCUAGGCUCUUGCGUAGCAGCGGGCGUCCACACAACGCCCUUGUGGUGGUCACCGAGAGCAUUACCCUCAACUGGUACCACGGGGCUAGCCGCUCCAUGCUCGUCACCAAUUGUCUCUUUCGAGUCGGGUGCACCGCUGCUCUAAUCACCAAUGACCCGAGUUUUCGCCGAGUCGCAAAGAUGGAACUCGUCGACUCCCUCAGGACUCACCACGGCGCGGAUGACAGUUCAUACCGCGCCGCAUUUCAGAUGGAGGAUGAGGAGGGGAUCACCGGAGUGGCCCUAACCAAAGAUUUAGUGAGGGUGGCUGGCGUCAACUUGCGCAACCACAUUAAAACCCUAGCCCCGCGAGUUCUCCCACUGAGUCAACUCACGAGCUACCUGGUCUCCGCCGCCCUGUAUGGCCGCCGGUCGAAGAUUAUCCCGCCUCCCAAGGUGCCGGAUUUCACCACAGCAUUCGAGCACAUGUGCAUACACACGGGUGGGAGGGCGGUGAUCGAUCAGGUGGCGAGGGUGCUGCGGCUGAGCGACGAGGUCACCGAGCCGGCUCGGAUGUGUCUAAACCGGUUCGGCAACACGUCUAGCAGCCUUGUGUUCUAUGAGUUGGCUUACUUUGAAGCCAAAAAGAGGGUGAAGAAAGGUGACAGGAUGUGGAUGAUAGCGUUCGGUACAGGGUUUAAGGUUGGGAGCCUCGUUUGGAAGUGGCUUCAAGACGGGACUCGGGAAGAAGAUGACGACAAUCCAUGGAGUGAUUGCAUACGAAACUUCCCUUUGAAAUCGAUCUGAUAGAUAAUGUUUGCUAUAAUAAUAAUAUAUGAUAUGUAAACAAGCAAUAGGAUCGAUGCAAUUAAUAGCUAGCUAACACUGCGUCAACAUUAUAUAUGUACGCACGUACGUACGUUGGUAUUAAAUUAGGUAGAUUACUAUAUUUGGUUUUGUACUUCGGUUGAAGCGGUGAUCCAUGAUGUAACAACAGCAAUGACAAAAUAUUGUCAUCUCCGAUCCAUACAAAAUACAUUCGCAAUCGAUUUUUUAUACAAUAAUAACCAUUACGUAUACACCGAUCAA